AUGGCUGCGAAGAACAAGAAGGACGAUGGGCAUAAUUAUGAGCUCGAAAAUGCAAUACUCAGGAGGCGCAUCCAAACUCUGGAGAAGCUCAUUGCGCUUCAGGAGGAGCAGACGCAAAAGAGCGAGCGGUCCGCAGAGUCAUUACGUGAGAAGAUAGAAGCCCUCAACGCGGUUUUUGUGGAGCAAGAUAGACAAAUGUUUUCUGAUGUUUCAACACUCAGCUUCCGCAACGCCGAGGCUAAAGCACACCACCGGCAGCUCAUUCAGGGGCUGCAGAGUCAGCUGCAAGCAGCGGAGGGAGACGUUGCUGUGGCUGAGACGGACUUGGCAACAACACGCGCUGCCAAGGAGCACGAACUCCAGCAGUCCAAGGAGGCAUUGCAUCACCUGCAGAAAGAUGUUGAGAAAAUGACUUUUGAGUUUGCCGAGAUUCUCACGGAUACGGCGGAGAAGGUAAUGGAGAGAGUUUCAAUGUCUCAUGGCAGCUGGGCGGCUGAACAGAAACGACGGUCACUGGACGGCCGGUUACAAGAUGAGUCCGCUGCGUUUUUUGAGGCCCCCCCAGUCGAUCCACCUCUAGAUGUUGUGGAGCCGUAA